GUUGGAGAGGGUGAACUGUUUCCAGGAUUUUCUCAAGCUAAAGGAAUUAAAAGAAAAGCAAUUUUGGUUGCAGCUGCUUCUGUGUGAACUGUAUCCUGUGCUGACCAGUGAAUAGAUCUGAACUGAUCGGAUUUGUUCAUGACAAUGCUACUAGAUGGAGGACCACAGUUUCCCACCCUGGGAGUUGGUGGUUUUGGGACAACUCGCCAUCAUGAAAUGUCCAACCGAGAUGCUGGCAUGGGGCUUAAUCCAUUUGCUGAGUCUUCACAUGCUGCAGCUUUUAAGCUCAGUCCAUCCAGUCAUGAUCUCUCCUCAAGCCAGAGUUCAGCAUUUACCCCACAGGCAUCUGGAUAUGCCAAUGCGCUUGGGCACCAUGCUGGGCAGGUGCCAUCUUAUGGCGGCGCUGCUUUUAACUCAACUCGAGAUUUUCUUUUCAGAAAUCGGAACACUGGAAUUGGAGAUUCCACAUCUCCGGGUGGUCAGCACGGACUUUUUGCCAGCCAUGCCCCCCCAGGGAUUGCUGAACCACCUGGACACCUAAUAUUUCCUGGACUUCAUGAGCAGAGCCCAAAUCAUACUUCACCUAAUGGACAUAUGGUCAAUGGUCAAAUGCAUUUAGGUAUAAGGGGAGAUAUCUUUGGACGCCCAGAUCCUUACAGAGCAGUACCCAGUCCUAGGACAGAUCACUAUGCUGCUGCCCAGUUCCACAAUUACAAUCACAUGAACAUGGGUAUGAAUGUAGCCGCUCACCAUGGCCCAGGGGCUUUCUUUAGGUACAUGAGGCAACCUAUUAAACAAGAAUUAUCAUGCAAGUGGAUGGAGGAACCACCUAUUAAUCGUCCCCAGAAAACAUGUGACAGGACAUUUAGCAGCAUGCAUGAACUGGUUACACACAUGACAAUGGAACAUGUUGGGGGACCAGAACAAACUAAUCACAUAUGCUAUUGGGAAGAAUGUCCAAGAGGGGGUAAAUCUUUUAAAGCAAAAUAUAAACUGGUCAAUCAUAUAAGGGUGCAUACAGGUGAAAAACCCUUCCCCUGUCCCUUCCCUGGAUGUGGGAAAAUUUUUGCGCGGUCAGAAAAUUUAAAGAUUCACAAAAGAACACAUACAGGUGAAAAACCAUUUAAGUGUGAGUUUGAAGGAUGCGACAGACGGUUUGCAAACAGCAGUGAUAGAAAAAAGCAUAUGCACGUGCACACGUCAGAUAAACCCUACAUCUGCAAAGUGUGUGAUAAGUCCUACACACACCCUAGUUCUCUAAGAAAACACAUGAAGGUUCAUGAAUCUCAAGGGUCAGAUUCAUCCCCUGCUGCCAGCUCAGGCUAUGAAUCUUCAACCCCACCAGCAAUGGUUUCAACGAACAGUGAGGAACAUUCAAAAAGUAGUUCUGCCUCUAUCCAGACUAACAGCAAUUCUCAAAACCCAGGGCUACUUCCACCCAAUUUUAAUGAAUGGUACGUCUGACAAUUGUAAGAAGACGCAAAUAGACUAUGUUAAAGGACCAAAUGAAAGCAACAUCCAGAAACAAAAUUGGUUGUUCUAAUUCAUCGUUGGAAAAUGGAGUGUAUAAUACAUACAAAGAACAGCAUAGAUCUUCAUCUUGUUAAAUACAUUUACACAGGAAGGUUUAUUUUUUCUUGUUAUUAUUUUUUUGAAAUAUUAAGGCUAUGGACCUAUUGUGUCCUUUUCUCAGGAUCUGGAAAUCUAUUUUGGCAUUUGCAGUUUCCCCAUCACCUUUUACACUCCCUUAUUUUUUUUUAACAAAAUUGUCCUAUUUCACAAAAAUGAAAACAAAAAAAAAAAGAAAUUAAAGAAAGCUUAUAGGUAGUGUAUGUAAAUGAAGAAAACUAUCUUCACCUAGGGGUGAUUGUUUUACUCACAUUCUUAAAACGUGCCAAAGUCUUGUUAUGUCUUGAAUUUUCUCAAAGCAUUACACUUGUGAAUGUAUAUCUUGUCUUAUAGGGUCAAAGCUGUUGUUCGGUAUUAUUUUUCACAACGGGGAUGUGUUAUUAAUACACAUAUUGUGACCGCUUAGUAUACAGCUGCCUUUUGUAAGAACUUUUUUGUAAAUACAUAUCCACAGCGCCAUAUUUAUCGUUUGUAAUUUAAUUAUUGAUACAAGUGCCGGGAACUGAACAAUAUUUAUGAAAAAAAAAGUUUUCUAACAAAACUCUGUAUAGCUUUUGGUUAUAACUGCUUUAGCAUUAAAAUUAUUGUUUUGAAAGAAUUCCAUUUUAAAUUGUCUAACCAACUAGUUAAUUUCCUUCAAACAAUGAAACUUGUUUUGAAAAAGAAAA